CUUCAUGAACUUCACUGAUUCAAACGGACCCUUCAAACCAACUAACUAACUAAUCACUUUACUUACUUUACUAAUCUUUCUCAUCUUCUUUAAUCACUUCUCAUCAUCAUCAUCAUCAUCCUACAUUAUCUACAAUCGAUCAAUCAUUAUCAUCUUAUUAAAACACUUACAUCCCUUAAAGUUACUCUUUCUAUCAUCAUCUUUCUCACUGUCUUUCUCUAUAAGAUUGAUUCUAACAAAUCGGUUUCAAAUUCAAGUUUGAUAAUCAAAUAUGAUGGAGGAUCAAAGAAAACGAAGAAUCGAGAGCUCAGUCGGUUUAACUGGUCCUACCUCAAGAAAGAAACCAAUGCUAGUCGCCAAUCCUACUACAAGCUCAACUACCGAUCCUUCCAUCUCUUCUAUCAAUCUUGAUCGAUCGAUCGAUCAAUCCGAUUCAACUCUUCAACUUCAAAACGGGCUCAUUGGUGAUGAUGAAAGAUUAGAGAACUUUCGUAAGGAAGCUCUUUGGAGACAGCUACAGGAAUACAAGCGCGAUCUCAGACGUGCCCAGGCGAAACUGGAACAAUCUGAAGACCAAAAGAAUGAUGCCGAAGCUAGAUUGGCGGCUGUGGAUGUGUGUUGGAACCAGUUGGUAGAAGACGUCCGGAUUCUCUUCAAGGAUAUCGAUCCUGCUGUCGAUUCGUCUUCUGGCUCAAUCCUUUCGUCACUCCCUUCAUCACCCACCAGUCUCGAUCGUGCCAUCCAACAACGUUCCACUGCCUCAAAAGACCUUAUUGUCCAUCUCAUCUCUCUGGCUUCCUCUUCUUCUGUCAUCUCCCCUGAUCUCGAGGAAGUCCGUUCUCGAUGUCGUCGACUUACUCAAGAGUCUGCUACUAGUCGGGCUGCAUUGAGUUUGGCCGAGAGCAAGUUGAAACAACUUCAAGACCAGCUUGAAGUCACUGAAGAGGCUGCUCGACGUGCCGAGAAGAAGUUGGAUCGUGAACGUAGUCGUACCGUUCGUGAAUUAGAUGCACAGGGACAGGGUGGUUCUACUUCUCAUAGCGUAGUUCAACCGGAACCAUUGUCUGAAGAAGUACCGAAGACGAAUGGCGAUAGUCACUCAAACGGAGCUAGAUCUGCUGCUUCAGACCAUCCCCCGCCACCCAUCACAAAUGGUACUGAUUCAAUGGACAUUGAUACCAUCAGAGAGAUUGAGGAUGUAAGGACACGAGAAUUGGAGAUGCUCAAGGAAGAGUUACUGCAUCGUGCUCAUGAGAUUGAUAUGCUACAAUGGAAGAUCCUCAACCUCCCGGAUGACGUUGUACACGAGUCUCCAGCUUAUAAACGCCUCAAAACUGAAAUGUCACACGCGACGAUCGAACUUGAGCGUACGCGAACCUUGCUGGAGACCGCCCAAAAGGAAGCUGAUGAGUUCAGAGAACGUCAAAAUGACUUUGGAGCGGCGAUCUCGACUGAGAUGACGAGUCGCAUUGAGGACUUGGAGAAGAAAUUAUCAAGCCGAGAUGCGGAUGUUACACGAAUCCGAGCCACAAGAGAAGAAGCACGAUCAGAACUACACGAAUUAAAGUCUAGAGACGCUGAGAAGAUGAAACAAGUCGCACAGAUCCGUACGCUCGCCAACAGUCGUCAGGAUCGCAUCAGUGCUUUGGCUUCUGAAGUUAGGAGGCUCAAGAUGCGACUUGCAGCUGAUGUGGGGGAUAAGGACAGUGUCGACUACCUGGCGACUAAUGAAGAAAUCGAAUUAGCCAAAAGUCUGCAGGCGCGACUCAAGAAAGCAGAAGAAGUCAUUGAAAAUUUAAAGUCUCAACUGGAAAAAUUUACGCAAGACUUGUCAGGAAUCGAGGACCCGAUGAAACUCAUACAAUCAGAAGCAGAGGCUCGAGCUGAAGUGUCUUUGAUGCAAAAACGAUUGGAUGAAGUUGAAAGUCUAGAUUCAUCACUUGAAGCUCAAAAGAUCUUGAAAGUCCAACUUGCUGCCCAGGAGUCGGCGGCUACCAUGCUAUAUACCGAAGUGGACCGACUUUCAAAUGCUUGGGCUGCUUUGGAUGAACAAAAUCGAGACAAAGUAUUCAAGUUGGCUGAACAUGACGAAAAAGUCUUGAAGGCGGUCCAUGAGAAAGCAAAAGCCGAUAAUCGAUAUUUUAGCGCGAUGAGAGCAAAUGAAACGUUGAAAACGCAAAGCGCAGUAUUGGAGAAGAUGGCAGAGAAACAGACUACAACAAUCUCGAAACUGAAUGAUGAGCUGAGGGCGAUCUCUAGUCGACUGACUUCAGCCGAAAAGGAGAUUACGAUUCAUCAGAAAGUCUUAAGCUCACAUAAGACCAAGAUUUCUGAACUUUCGAUUGAGAAUGAAGAUUUAUCAAACCGAGCAGCAUUACAUGAUACUAAGAUGAAUGAUGUGAUGAACCUUUUGAGAGAAAGAACGGCACAAGUAGAAGAAGAAGCGGCUUCUAGAAGGAAAGCAGAAGAGAAUUUGAUUGGAUUAGAAAGAGAAUUGAGUAAGAUGAAGAGUAGGAAUGGGAUGAGUGGAACGGUUGGGAUGGGAGAAAGUAGUAAUGUAGAGAUUGAAGAAUUGAAAAGUUUUAAUGAUGAUUUAACGAAAAUGUUAAAGUGUAACUCUUGUAAACAAAGGUUUAAGUCACAUGUGAUUACGAGAUGUAUGCAUUUGUUUUGUGGGAAAUGUUUGGAUUCUAGAAUCGAGACUAGACAAAGGAAAUGUCCAACUUGUAGUGUGGGAUUUGGUGUAGGAGAUGUUUCGGCGGUUUAUUUUUAAGAUUUUUAAUCAAAAUGAUUUCGGUUUUGAUGGUUUUAAGAUUGUUUUUUUUUCAAGUGGUUUGAUUUGAUGAUAUCUUUUUAACAAUUUUUUUUUGGUGAUUUUGAUUCUUUUUUUUCUAUUGAUAAUUAUAUGAUGGCCAAAAAAAAAAUUAAAAGCAAGGGUUUAUAGAGAAUGAUUGGUU